UAAGAACGCGUAGAAAUGAAGUAGACUCCGGGAACAAGGCUGGUCCUCGACAGACGUCUCUAGCUCUCAAAUCCGGAAGUCCAUGCUCAGUAUACACUGGCACGUGAACAAGUAAACGCAAUUCGCAACUAAUCAACACGAUCAAAAGAAAACUCAGAAAAAUGAUUACCACUAACCGAUUCACCCAAGUUACUUUUUAUGAAAACCUUCAAUGUUGAGCCUGCUUUUGUCUUCAAUCGGGCGAGAAAGAAGAGAAAGAUCGGCGAACGAAAGUUUCAAUAAAUCGUGUCACAACACGUACACACGAAUUACCACAGCCACACGCCAAUGACAUCCUAGUCACAUCCACACAAAUUUACAAUGCUUUAACGCUUGCGGCGUAGCACUCACUAGCAGUGCACGUAAACUAUUGGAAAUUCCUUGUUGCAAGCGAGAAGUUGAACGUUAUCUGUUCCGAUCCUAUGGGAGCAAUGGGUUCCUUUUUUAAUGGUGGAUCCCGAAAAAAACCGCGCUAUGAGCGUCUUCCACUUGAUACCUUCUUUCCGUCGGGCUCGACCAUAACAAGAACGCAUGAGCACCACGAUGAUCUUGAUGAAGACAACCUUUUGUUUGACUUGGACAACCAGGGUAGCCAGAACGGCCGUCUAUUGCCGGCCAAGAAUGGAUAUGACUCGGAGGAGGAAAUCGAGUUCUACAAGGACACUCGCAGGUCUCGGGACCGGAGGAAUAGUCCACCUUCCUCAUGCUGCUGCCUUGUCUGUCUGCUCGUUGUGCUUGUCGUUGUUGCGCUGCUCUUUGGAGCUCUGUACUUGAUAAGACCUAGGGCACAAAACACAGUGGGACUGGGAUGGACAUCUUCCACUUAUGAAUAUGCCACAGAGACUGCAAUGCGUCUCUACGACGUCAACCAAGAUGGCAUCGAGGAUGUUAUUCUUGGGGCAGCCGUCACAUCCUCAUUAAAGGACAUAGAGAGCGAAAUCGAAUUCUGCAGAAAACAUGAUAUGAAGUAUCCAUGUGCGGGACUGAUCAUGGCAUUAGAUGGACGCAAUGGCACCAGACUAUGGACUAUAUAUACCGAAGUGGAAGUAUUUGCCAUUCAGUGUGGGAAACUAGACAUCAAUCAAGAUGGCCAUAUGGACUGUGUAGCGGCCGGACGUAUGGCCACACUGCAUGGUAUUGAUCCAAUUAAAGGUGUGAUUCUGUGGUCAGCCGAUCCCAGCGUGACCAAUCCUCAUUUCAACUUCUACCAAGGUCAAGUUGUACCCGAUAUGGAUCAAGAUGGCGUCCAAGAUUUUGUGGUGACUCACGGUGGCGACACCAGGUUCUCCGAAAAGGAAUUGGAUAGGCCAGCAGGAAGGCUGCUCCUCCUGUCGGGCAAGACUGGACGAAGCCUGGGCAGAUAUCUGUCCUUACCUGAUGAGCAUGAGACCUACUCAGCUAUAACACUCUACACAAGGCACAACGGAGCUGUCUACUUGCUGUUUGGAUCAGGGGGUGAAACUAUUGCAGGUUCACUAUGGACCAUCUCCCUGCGAGACUUGUACUGCUACGUGAUGUCAAUAACAACGUGCAGUGCCAACAGUCUGUCCCACGUGACUCACUUGCAAAGUAAGGGAUAUGAAGAGAGUUGGGGAACGCCUGUACAGACUCUAUCAAGCGGUGUCAAUGAGAUUAUCAGGAGUGAUUCCAGCAAGGGUGUGACUGUUCCCACGGAGCUGGUAGACAUGAACAACGACGGCAUAGAUGACCUGGUCGUGUUUAUGUACAACAGCACCAUCACAGUGCUGAACGGGCUCAACCUGGAGGUCAUCUGGUCAACCGGCAGCCGGUUUGUCGAGUUUGAGACCUACAGCAAUCCUGCACCAGGCUAUUUCAAUGACGACGACACCGUUGAUCUCAUGGUGCGAUUGAGCAAGGGGACAUGGCCCGAGUUCAAGUCUACCUACGUCUACAUCCUGGAUGGCAGAAAUGGAGAGAUUCUCUGGUACCUCAAAACCCCCAGCAUCGGCCCCGUCAUGUCCUCACCCCUCACCCUCCAGUCCUAUGGUCGGAAAGAUGCCUUCAUAUUCUGGGCACAGGGGCUCAGCGGCGAGAUCACGGGAGAAGAGUUGGAGCCCCCAGGGCACGAGAUGGGACCCGAGAUGGGAUCCGAGGUGGGACCCGAUAUGGGACCCAAUAUGGGAUCCGAGAUGGGACCCGAGGGGCGUGUGGAUUCAUCGGUUCCCCCAGGACGUCCACGUAGACACGGGGAAAUGGGCCCAGAGCAACCGUGUCUGUUGAGCACGGACGUCUUCCAUGCCGAUCUGCUAUUGGUAGACAGGGAUCUAGCUCUGAAGCCUCUACGAUUGGCGUCUAUUGAGGCUUACAAGUAUAACUACUCUCUCACUGAAGAAGACAGACUCCUCUUGAAAGAAAAAUUGCAUGAUGACCAAGAUCUUGGCGCCAUGGAAACAGUACCACCUGACACCCAUGUGACUCCUCCCAGCAAAUUGGCUCCUCUGCCUACCAAAGCAAUGGUGACCGAGGAAGAUCUAGCAAGACACGAUUUACACCGUCACAUGACUACCUCUGCUAAUGCUGUUACAACUCCAGAGGACGUAGAUCCUGUAACUGAGGCUGUGGUAUUGCCAGAGGGGCUGGAGCCAACAACUAUUGCUGCUACAAUUCCAGAGGAAAUAGGGCCAAGUACUGAGGCUGGUACGUUGCCAGAGGGGCUUGAGUCCACAAUUAAAGCUCUUACAAGUCCAGAGGGGCAGGAGUCACGGGCCGCGAUGAGCACAUCUGAAAUUAUUGAAGAAACAACUCUGACACAAGAAACAAUUCAGACUUCUAGUGUGGCUGAAGUUGUUGAGUUAAGUACCCCAUCCACAACUAGUUUAGUGGAGGACAAUGAAACUUCAACGUUGCAACCAACUGAUGAAAUUUUCAGUACAGGUUCUGAGAAUAGUACACCCAUGAGUACAAAUAGUGAAACAACAACAAAAACAUUAGAAACAACAGUCAGUGGGGUAUCUACGACUUCUGAAACAACCGGCACUCCAAGAGAAGAAAUUACAACAGUGAGUAUGCCAGAAACUACAACACCACUUGACCUCGCAACAGACUUGCUUGAAGCAACAACAGAGGGCUCACAGACUGCUACAGAAACUGCUACAUCACCAGAUGUCAAUGCAUCAGCUUCGACUCUUGGAUUGGAAACAUCAAGUCUGGAAGCAACAGCUACAAGUGAACUUGCUACACAAAGCACACAGCUCCCCACAACAGAAUUUGAAGACUAUCCGCAACGAAGUACAUCGGAAUCAGAGACUGGGACACUCUCUCUAGAUGACACUACUCCACCAAUGGAAAUCAACAGUGGUCCACAGGCUGUCAACUCCAGUAGUCCACAGGCUGUCAACUCCAGUAGUCCACAGGCUGUCAACUCCAGUGGUCCACAGGCUGUCAACUGCAGUAGUCCACAGGCUGUCAACUGCAGUAGUCCACAGGCUGUCAACUCCAGUAUUCCACAGGCUGUCAACUCCAGCAGUCCACAGGCUGUCAACUCCAGCAGUCCACAGGCUGUCAACUCCAGUAUUCCACUGGCUGUCAACUCCAGUAGUCCACAGGCCGUCAACUCCAGCAGUCCACAGGCUGUCAACUCCAGUAUUCCACUGGCUGUCAACUUAACUCAUACCAGUAGUUCAAAUAACAAGUCUGACACCGAUACAAAUAAACCCACUUCGUUACCUGUAAGCCAGGGUACAAACCAUAGUGCUGAGGAAUCGCACAUAGAGACAACAGGUGAUGAUGAAAAUAAAGAACCAUCACUAAAAGAGGAAGUCACAAAUAACAAUCAAAGUACAACACAUCUGGCCGAGCUUUUCACAGAGCUAGGUAUGGUCGCAGACCAAGAAACGUCAACACCACAAAAGCCAGAGACUCCAGCAUCAGGGUCAAAAGGGGGCGAGGAGCACCGUAGGAGGAGAGAGACUUCUAGAAGUGACUUGUGCUUAAUCUACCAACCCAGUCUGUUUGGAACAGGUAUCAUUGGUGACUUGGACAAUGACGGCAACCUGGAUUACGUUUACGUCGAGACUCAAAUGGCCCAACUGACUGACGAGGAUUCCCACUACCUCACCACCAAGCUGAGGCUGAGAGUCCACAGGCUGGUCCUGAAGAGCGCCAUCACGAGGCGGGAUUGGGUCAGGCUGGAGGACGACCAAGUCCUGCUGAGCGAAGGAGUCAGUAGGGAGGAGGUAGAUGUGGAAGAAUUGGAGGAGCACUUUCGGUUUCUGCCGGCGGACAAGCAGAGCUGGACUUCCUACAUGGGGAAAAACGGGGAUGAAAAGUUUAGGAAGAAUAACAGGUGAUCUAGGUUAAUAUUGAGCAAAGAGCGUAGUAGGUUUAGUCCAAGACUGGUUUUUGAGUUUGUUCCCUUAUGCAGCUGCUCCUUGACAAGUGCCGCAGUGCUACCAACAGGAGGAAUCAAGCUAUACCGGUAAUAUCACACGUGUGAAGUAUGCUCAGAAUUUUGCGGGUCCCAGUGCCAAACUUCCCAAGACUACAUUUGAUUCAUCUUCUUGGUAGCAUCCGCUACUGCUGUGGUGUCUUGAUCAUGCUUGCUAGGGAUUGGGACCAGCUGCAUUUGGGGAAAAAAAAGAGCAUUGAUUUUUUAUGGAUCUGCGCUAUAUAAAUCCUAAACUUAUUAUCAUUAUUAUUUUUAACAACAAAAUCCAGUCGUGAGCCAAGACUAAGGGUAAUUUUACACUGAAUGUACUUUGUCCUUAUGUGUGAGGGAUGGAGAAAUGCUAGACCAAAGGUUGGUUCAUAAUCGGUAUGAAAGCGAACGCGAACUUGCGACGUCAGGGCAAGUUUUCGUGCUGUGAAUUCGCAAAAGUUGAACACAUUUCAAUUCAAUGUAUUUUGCAGCGAAUGCUUCUUGACGUCAAAUUUUGCAUCGCAUUCGCAUGGAGUAUGAACUGGCCUUUUUCUAUGAACUUAAAAAUUUAUCGGAAACAAUCCAACUGUUUUCAAUAUUUUCUAGUUGUGUUCCUCCUUCUUUUCGGCUGCCCCCAUCUUUCAGUUGAAAUUAGUGAUAGAGAUUGCCAAAAUGUGUUUUAUAAACCCUUUGUACAGUGCGCUUUCUCAGAGGGCAAUUUUUGUUUACGUAAAUUCAGUGACAAGAAAGUAUAAUCUGUCUACACAUGCGUAACAAAGAAAUGCCUCAGAUAUGUGUCUAUACUAUAAAAAAGUGCCAUUUAUUCAGAACAGUAAAAAUAUCUUAACUUGUUUUUAAGACUGAGCUGUUAAAAAUACAAUGUAUUCUGAGUUGAAUAUAGAUGUUCUUCCAUUCUGUAUCAGGAGAAACUGCUAUAAUAUUGCCAAAAAAACUAUGCAUGCCUAUAAAAUGUAAUUAACUUUUCAAAGCAGGCUUUUAUCCUGUGUUACUUUGUCAGGCUUUUUUUACACUUUCAAAGUUUACUUUUAAAUUAAAAAUAUACAACCUUUUUUCAAAGCUUUUUUAUUACGCUUUUUGACACCGUACUGUGUAUUUUGUAAACUUGUUUGUCACUCUGUAGCAUGGAAAUAUUUAGGAUAGCAGGGUAUUAGAAGAAAACAAACGAGAUAAUAUUUAAAGGUAGAGUUGAUCAUUUGCAGCUAUCCAAAAGUAACUGACAAAACUUUAUUGUUGAGAAGCUUACUUGGUGUAAAGAUAGUAAUGGCAUUAAACUCCCUGUGAAAUUAUU